AUGUCAGACAGUCGUUCAGUAAUGCUUAAUAUCCUUAAAAGAAAUAGAUUAACAUCUCCAAGCAGCAAUUUUAAAUACUCCAAUUGUAAAGACUCGUGCUGCACUUCAGUGUUUCUGGACAACAGUGAGUCAGUAAAAGAUCUUGAUGUAGACCAUAAAGAAGCACUGAGCAUAACAAGUUUAUCAUUGCUACAAGAGCAUUCUGAGCAUCUUCACCCAAAUGCUCUCUUUCCUCUGGCAUCAUAUAUGGAAAAUGAAAUAAAUUCUAUCUCCUUAUCAGAAAGAAGAGAAGCAAACCAAAACAUUGACUCCUUUGAAACUCCCAAAGGGAGUAGAAAAAUCUCCUCACUACGCAGGAGGCUGCUUUUACCUAAGAGUCUUCCAGCUGGCACAACUGCAGGAUGCUGUGAGAGACAAGGUAGCUCUUCAGGAAGCAUCAGAAAAAAAAUAUUCUCUUGUGUCUUGACCUCUGAAGAAAAACUUUCACAAACUGCUUUGGAUUCUCCAAGAGGUAAAAGUGUCAAACCCCUGACAGCUAGCACUUCAAAAACUGAGGGCUCCGAUCCUGAUUGUGCAAAAAGGAGACUUCCCUUUUCACAGCAAAGGACUUCUACACUAGAUGAGUCCAAAUGUCAGGACCCCUUAUUGCUAGAACCUGAAUGUUUAUCUCCAAUUCAGGGUAAGAAUGUUGUUAGUAGUACUAAUGAGUUCAAUGAAAGUGUCCUUUUGAGUGUUAGUGAUGGGUUGCUUAGGUCUCCUACUUCCAGUGUGUUGCCUGAGGCCAAUGAGGGUAAGUUCCCAACUUCUGUCAACACUCUUGCAGAGAACUCUAACUCUGAACCGUGUGAUAUAAACUCCCCUCCUGUAAAGCUGGCAAGUUACUCAGAUCUUUCAACACCUGAGGACAGUGGAUAUAAUUCACUUCAUUUGGACAAAUCAGGAGACUCGUUUUCUGAUCAUGAGGGAUCUUUCCAAGAGUCCUUCCAAAAAAAGAAGGAAGGUUCCAAAAUUCUGGAUAGUAAAAGAAAGACAAGAAAACUUGAACGAGUUAGAAGGCUAUCCACUCUUCGGGAACAGGGUUCACAGUCAGAGACAGAAGAUCAUCAUGGCAGUCCUUCUACUUCAGCACGUAUGUUAACAGAAGAAAGAGCCUUUGUCCAUGAAGACCGUGCAUUAGUCUUGCAAGAACAGCCUAGUGGAGACCUAGCUGUAAGGCAUGGAGAUCUCUCAAGAACUCCAGCUCUGAAAAUAGUGCAUGAAAUAUGCUUGCAAAGACAAAGAUCAGACCAAAAAAAAGUAUCAGAGAAUAUUGGUGGAACAGAAAUAUUUGCAUUAGAACAUGUUCUUGCUGGACUUAUUGGCAAGAAAAUGGGCCUUGAAAAAAUAGAUAUUUUAACAGAAUUAAAAUACAGAAAUUUAAAACAUGUUCUUGCUAUAGUUUUAGAUGCUUUGACAGUGGAGAGUCUAUGCAGCAUUUGGAAAGUAAGCAAAAACUGGCGUGAAAUCAUUGUACAAGAUAAAAGUGCAGAUGUGAGGAGAAAGUUGUACAUAAAACACCUGAAGGAUGAAGCUGGGGAAGAUUUCUUGAAAGCUGAGGAUGCUGCCACAAGACUUAAUGUUCUCAAUAGAUCUGCUCUAAGGCCUGUCCAGGCUCAAGCCAGAACUCCUGUAGUGAGAACACCACCUUCAUACUCUGAACUUACACCCAGGAGAUGCAGUUCUGUUCCCCAUUCAACUAGUAGACAAGAAGAGUAUUUAAAAGUUGCUAAAACUCUGUUCACUGAUGAAGCUCUAAAACCCUGUCCCAGAUGCCAAUACCCUGCUAAGUAUCAAUUGGUUAAGAAACGAGGACUAUGUAGCAGAGAGGCAUGUGCAUUUGAGUUCUGUAUUUUAUGUUUGCAUGCUUUCCACGGGUCAAAAGAAUGUAACAGUUUAUCUGCUAAAUGGAGGAACAAAAAAGAUGCUCCUCCAGGAAGUGCUGAAAGCAAAAGAAAUUUAAAAAGACUCUAA